AUGACAGAGAAAGAAAAGACCAAACUGCCGGUCGUCCCUGACUCCAGCACAUCCAUCCAAAUCAAGGCAGAGGAAGACGAAGGCCCAGACCCCAAGUUUUCUGUGGACGAGAUCUUGUCUGGAUGCAAAGUGUAUGUAAACAAGGAGGACGGGAAGAGACUAGCGGAGAUUCUCCAGCAAAACACCAGAAAGGGCAAGAAAGUGUUCUAUGUGCAUUAUCAAGAUUACAACAAGCGUUUGGACGAGUGGAUCUCGCCUGAAAGGAUCGAUUUCCUGAAGCUGAUGAUACCUCCAGUCAAGGAGGAGGAGAAGAAGCCAGAGAAGCUGAAGCUGAAGACGGGCACGAAGACUGGGAAAACAAGCAAGAAGUCGUCUACGAAGUCUACGCCACAGCCCAAGGCUUCAGAUAAGGAGGGCAGCGAAACGCCGCUUGAAAAUGACGAGAUGGACUUGGAUAACCUUAAUGUCCAGGGUCUUAAGCGUCCAGGCGAGGAGGUGAGCCGAGAGGACGAAAUCAAGAAGCUUCGUACGAGUGGAUCGAUGAUUCAGAACCACUCUGAGGUGGCUAGGGUGAGAAACCUUCUGAGUGUGAUCUUGGGUGAACAUAUUAUAGAGCCUUGGUACUUCUCGCCGUACCCUAUUGAACUCACAGAGGAGGAUGAAAUAUUUAUCUGUGACUUUACGCUUUCGUACUUUGGCUCGAAGAAACAGUUUGAGAGGCACAGAGCGAAGUGUUCUAUGAAACACCCUCCAGGAAACGAGAUUUACAGAGACGAGAAGGUGAGUUUCUGGGAAAUCGAUGGUCGUAAGCAGAGAACAUGGUGCAGAAACUUGUGUCUCCUUUCCAAGCUUUUCCUUGACCAUAAAACCCUUUACUAUGAUGUGGACCCUUUCUUGUUCUAUAUAAUGACUAUUAGGUCGCCCCAGGGUCACCAUGUGGUGGGGUACUUCUCCAAGGAGAAGGAGUCUGCGGACGGUUAUAAUGUUGCGUGUAUCUUGACGCUACCGUGUUACCAAAAGAAGGGUUACGGUAAAUUGCUUAUCCAGUUUUCGUACAUGUUGUCGAAUGUCGAAAACAAGGCUGGGUCUCCUGAAAAACCGCUUUCUGAUUUGGGUCUUUUGUCGUACAGAGCGUACUGGACAGACGUUCUUGUGAAGCUUCUCGUGGAAAGAUGCAAUCCUCAUUUGUAUAAGAAGAACAAUCUGCGUGAACUGAAUCUGAGGGAAGACUCUGCCCUGCCGCCACCAAGAGCUAACGGUGCUGCAGGUCCAGGAUCUGAGAUCACCAUUGAGGAAAUCUCUGCCAUCAGUUGCAUGACAACCACAGACGUUCUUCAUACGCUAUCGACGCUUCAAAUUAUUAAGUACCACAAGGGACAGCAUAUCAUCGUCAUCACCGAUCAAAUCAUGGCAUUAUAUGAUAAGUUGGUGAAGAAGAUCAAGGACAAGAAAAAGCACGAGCUCGAACCAGACAGACUUCAAUGGACGCCGCCUUCGUUCACAGCAAACCAGCUUCGUUUCGGCUGGUAG